AUGCAUGAAACUCAGGAGCCACAAGUAAAAAAGGAAACAAAAUCAGAACAAGACACAGUGAAACCAGAAAAGACUGUUUCUCAUGGUAAACCAGAAGAAAAAGGUGUCAAGCAGAUAAAAGCUACCACAAUAGAAAAAACAGAAAAAGCUGAACAUCAAGAAAAAGAUUCGCCACCUAUAAAAACAGACAAACCAAAACCAACUUUAACAGAAAAACCUGCAAGAGCAUCAGAAGAUUUUGAAGAUGUUCCAGCUUCAAAGAAAGCUGAAGUAGAAGAAGCUGAAGAUGUGUCUUCCACAAAGAAGCAGAAAAGCCCCAUCAGUUUCUUUCAGUGUGUGUACUUGAAUGGUUACAACGGCUAUGGAUUUCAGUUUCCUGUCACUCCCGCACAGCGCCCUGGGGACAGCUCUGGCCCGCCAGGUUCUCCAGGACAGAAGCAACAAGGACAAUAGAUACAUGUGCCAUCAUUAGAAAUGCUUUGAGACUCUGAGGACAGGAUCUUCCAUUUGUCCACACUGGUCAGACACGUGAAAUAAAGGAAUUUGGGGAAUUUCUUUGAAAAUAAUUUACUAUUCUGCCUGAUGUGGGGGAGAAACGUGAGUAAAGGGAUUGAAUAAUAGCAGACAUGCUGAAAGAUCUGGGGCUCAAGACUCUGCUAUUUGUAUCUGUUGCUAGUGUGGGUGCUUAUAUUUUUCCAUUUCUAGUCACUGUAGGAUUGUUCACAAAUUAAUUUAAUGUUUACUUAAUAAUAGUUUUCUUAAAUGUAAUUGACACAAUUACAAAAUGAAACCCGUGACUUCAGUUGGAUAGGUAUUUUUAAAUGAAAACACAGACUACGCUUUAAGUUUUAAGAAUACAGGAACCUAUGUAAAAGCUACUCUUUUGUAUCAUGUAGGUAUCUAAACUCAAUUUACCAAUAAGUUGGUGUUUAAUAGUUUAAUUUUAUUUAUAUCUAUUUCUAUUUUAGUUGUGGCUACGCUCUAAGACUGGGUUACAGUUGCACCAAAGAGUGCUAUAAGUUUCUUGUGAUGCUCUUUUAGAGCUCAACAUACUCUGAACUUCAGACAUGACAAGAAGGAAUAGAAAUAUUUGAUAAAUCUUAUCUCUAAGAUUUAUCUUGAAUUGUAAUUAUGACAUUCACUCUAGUGGAAAUACACCAUCUAAUUAGGCAGGUCUGGUGAAUCAUUUGUGUAAAAUACAAGCAAAUGAGACGUAGAAUUUUCAGAUUUCUCCGGACGGUGCCCUAAUAAAAAUAUCACCUGGAUGAAAUUUAGAUCAAUCACUAAAUUUCAGUGACAGAUGCAAAAGUAUUUUCAUUAUACUUUAAUGGGAUCCUUCUGUGGAGUUAAAUAACUUUUCUUUCUCAAAAAGGAAAAAUAUGAUUGUCAUCAAAGUUGAAGGAAUACAUUUUAAACAUAAGUGCAUCAUGAGAUGUCUUACUUGUUUUGUAGGUAAUUGGUUAUUAAAGCCAAUGAAAUGAAUGACAAUCUUUAACUUACUUGACGACGCAUCACUGGGAAUGACUAUUGUGGUUUUGCCAUCUUUUGUCUCCGAGUGAUAUAAACACUUACGUUCUUUAUCACAUUUUUUCUAGUAACUCUAAAAGUCAUGCUACUGUGAUCUUUUCAUGUUUACAGUUGCAACUCAACUUAUGGCAAAUUAACUCAGGAAACAAAUUGAGUUAUUUUUUUCUAGGAUUAUACUUAACUUAUGGCAAGGUAGCCAGAGCUGAUACUAGCCAAGUGAUUUAUUUUCAAGGACUACAACUAACUAAGUUCUUUAAUUCUGAGAUUUAAAACACUGUCUUACCAAAAUAUCACUAGGCUGGGGCAUCAGUAACAUGUUCAUUAUUAAUAAUGGACUUUCACUGACUUUUGUGAGAGAAUUUGGUCUUCGCCACAUGCUGGUGGACCUAACUCACACCACAAAAGCUAACAUUACAAUGAACCAAGAUUAAUGACACUCCUUACGGGGGGCCUGGAAAUGUGUACUGUCAGGAUUGACCAGAUGGUACCAUCUCGAAAAGCCCUUUUAUGUAGCAAUGGAAAUUUGUAAUAUUACAGGAUGGAGUUUAUUGCUCAACUGCUCCUCCAGCUUAUCCAAUUUAGUGAGUAAAGGAAAUAGAGAGCAAUAUAAUAGUUUUUGUUUUUUAAUUUUAUAGAACAAAAUUAUUUAUUCAUUAAUUCUUAUAUCCAGUGACUAUUUAUUGAGCAUUUAGUCUUUCUAGAGCACUGUGUUAGAAACUGAUCUGUGUAAGAAAAAUAUCAGAGAUAAAUUCGAUUACCAGUAUUAUCUUGACACAAUGUAUGGCCUUGGAAAAUUUACUAAACACACUAUGCUUGUUUUCCAAUGUGUAAAAUAGGGAUUUCAAGACAACCACCCUUAUACACAGAUAUACUACAGACACUGACAAAAUAUCUUAAUAUAAAUAUAUCAAAAUUAAUUUCUAAAAUAAUACUUUUGGAUGCUUUCCUCUGAGUGCUUUUCUACAUUAUAUUAUUGUUUCAUUCACUUUCGUUAUGAAAACUACUUGAUAAAAAGUAAAAUAUGAUAACAUUGUAAUUAGAGUUUAGACAAAUCAAUUAGGAUUAAUUGUUAAUAAUAAUUGUUAUGGCUUAUCUGCUUAAAGUUACAAUGAUGAUAGCACUUGAAAAAUACAAACUAAAAUCUCAUCUGUUUGUAUGAUUCCACCAAAUAAAGUAUUUCUAGUUCUUU